AUGCAAGUUGGUCUUGUUUCUUACUGCACCACACCCCCUCCUCCCAAAAGAAGACCACCCUCGCCCAUCCUAAAGCGCACAAACUUCCAAACACUUUGCGUUUUAGCGGUAAGAAGAAGGACUAGUCGCCACACUUUGCCGUGUAUCUUUCAAUAUUACAGUUUUGGAGCUGCGCAAACUCUGGUACCUGCUCCAAACUUCUGCUCAGGAGCGCGCUGCUCUGUCUCUGACGCUCGGCUUCUCUCUGCAGUGACCAAAACUGGAUACGUGAGGCAGGGGGGAAGCCAUGCUGUAGAGGUAAAACACGUCGUGGGAAAGAAGUUUGCGGUCCACGUGCGUAGGACCAUGAAGGCACAACACACCAGUGUGAGCAGACUGCUGCUGCUGCUUGUCUGUCUCUCCAUCUUCGCCUCAGAGGUUCACGCAGGCGGGAAGAAGCAGAGCGGCCCGUGUGGAGGGAGAGACUGCAGCGGAGGAUGUCAGUGUUUCCCGGAGAAGGGUGCCAGGGGUUCACCUGGACCACUGGGUCCACAGGGGCCCCAGGGGCCCCCGGGACGAGCAGGGGACCCAGGCAUCGAGGGCCAGAAAGGACAGAAGGGGGAUCGAGGACAAGGGGGGGUCAUGGGCCCUAAAGGCAGUGUGGGAAUGACCGGUGUCCCUGGUUUCUCUGGAAGUGAUGGAAUACCUGGCCACCCAGGACAAGCUGGACCCAGAGGAAAGCCAGGAGCAGACGGCUGUAACGGGACUCAGGGAGACUCAGGACGACCAGGACAGCCUGGCUACAAUGGGGUCCCUGGUUUACCUGGGCUUCCAGGAAGAAAAGGAGAGAAGGGAGACUCACUAGAUCUGAGUGUGUUCUUGGAGCUUUACAGGGGAGACCCGGGCUUUCCAGGAAGCAAUGGGAUUUUUGGACCUGUUGGAAAUCCUGGAUGGCCUGGAAGCAAAGGUAUUCCUGGUCCAAAGGGCCCUCCAGGCCCUCCUGGGCCCCGUGGGCCACAGGGCACGAUGACCAAAGUCUUCAAAGGAGUCAAAGGAGAACCAGGGGAGACAGGACCUCCAGGGUAUCCAGGAAACUCUACUCAUCAGCAAAAACAACCUGGGGACCCCCCAUCUGGACCACAGGGUGAAAAAGGCCUCAAAGGAGAAAGAGGAGAUGAUGCUGACAACAAAGGAGAAACUGGUGUGAUGGGGUUCCCUGGCCCAAGGGGCUCUCCUGGUGCAGAUGGGUUUCCUGGACCAAGGGGGGAGCCGGGUGAUCCAGGUCAAAAUGGCAAAGUUGGUUCAAAGGGAGAUAGAGGCGAAGCUGGAGAGCUCAUCUCAUCUGGGUCUUUAUGGCCCUGGGGAGAAUCAGCUGGCCCACCUGGUCCUGCUGGUGAACAGGGACCACAAGGAGAGAGGGGCCAGACUGGUGACCCUGGUAUCUCUGGACCCCCAGGACGUCCUGCCUUUGAUUCGCAGCAACAUGUCUUUGAUUUUUUUGGUCCAUUUGGUGAGAGGGGGGACCCUGGAGACAGAGGUCAUAUUGGAGAACCGGGUGUUGCUGCAAUUGAUCCAGGACCUAAAGGCGUGAGAGGUCGACCAGGAGUCAAGGGCCAGCCCGGACCCCUGGGAUCACUGAGCGAGUACUUUAAAGGAGCUCCUGGAGGAAGAGGACGGCCAGGCAAUGCAGGACUGAAAGGACUCAAAGGUGACCAUGGAGAUUGUGAAUGCAGCUCUGCCAACUCACCUCCUGGGCCACAGGGGCCAGCUGGAGAACAAGGGGAUCCUGGUAUGACAGGAGAGUUUGGCCGAGAGGGGGACAUUGGAGACCCAGGUCUCAGGGGGGAUGACGGAGUACCUGGAUUUCCUGGCAUUGAUGGUGAGCCAGGGCCUAAAGGCGGAAAAGGUACCCUGACUGUGGCCACAGUGAAAGGAUAUCGUGGUGAUCCAGGUGACACAGGCAUCAAUGGUGAGUCUGGAGCAAUAGGGGCUCCAGGUCCAAAUGGACUUCCUGGUUUUCCUGGGAGUCGGGGUCCUCCAGGAGAGGGUCCAAGAGGAGAAUAUGGAGAAAAAGGAUUUCCUGGCCGGAGGGGACAACCUGGUGCUCCGGGGCUGAGUGGAGAACCAGGACAAGUCCUCGGAGGGCUCAAAGGUCGGCGGGGCUUACCUGGAGAUGAUGGACUCCCAGGGUAUUCUGGAGUUGCAGGAACACCUGGUGCACCAGGCGGCUGUAGUCCCACAGCAGACGGAGAACAGUUGGAUGUAACAGGUAGUCUCUGUGAAACCAUCCCUGGACCCCCUGGGUUACCUGGACCCCCUGGACCCCACGGACUUCCUGGUUUACAUGGACCUCAAGGGCAUAAAGGGCCACCUGGUUUAUUGGGAACAUUUGGAGAAAAGGGAGAGCAGGGUGAACAAGGCAGAGGAGGCAGCCCCGGACCUCCAGGUUUCCCAGGACCUCGGGGCGAGCAUGGGUAUUCUGGAGUCAAAGGUACAGUGGGGAACCCCGGGGUGUCAGGUAAACCUGGACGGUAUGGGACCCAGGGAGAAAAGGGUGUUCAUGGGGACAUCCUUGGAGCAAUGCCUGGUCCUCCUGGUGAGCCGGGACUCCCUGGCCCAUUGGGAGAAAGAGGCCUAACUGGAGAGCAAGGGGGGCUGGGAUACACAGGGAUGAUUGGUAUGCCUGGGAUGAUUGGUUUCAAGGGAGAGACAGGUCCUGGUGGUCUGCAGGGUGAGGAGGGCAGACCUGGACCAGCGGGGAAGUAUGGCUAUCCUGGUGAUGAUGGCAAUGUAGGUCCCCCUGGUGCACGUGGGACCAUAGGACUGCCAGGCUUCACUGGGGAGAGGGGAACGGAGGGUGACCCUGGUGCCCCAGGGCCAGUGGGGCUGAAGGGUAUCCCAGGGAAUUUUGGUGAAGUGGGCUUCACUGGACAUAAUGGUCUGCCUGGAGAUCCAGGAUUUCCUGGUCCCCAUGGCCAGCCAGGUCUUCCAGGGUUUAAAGGCUACAAGGGUUCUCCAGGGAUGUCUGGAUUUGAAGGCCGCAGGGGUAAUGUGGGUGAAAAGGGUUUGCUUGGGACCAAAGGAGAGACUGGGUUGUCUGGUGAAAGUGGUCCUAAAGGACUGAUAGGCUUCAAAGGAGAGAAAGGUGCUCGAGGUCUUGACGGCCCACCGGGAAAAAAGCCUGAUAUCCCAUUACACACUCUAAUUGUUGAUAUGAAAGGCACCAAAGGAGACCGUGGAAAUUUUGGAGAUUUCGGUUUUACUGGGCCAAGAGGUUCAAAAGGAUUUCCAGGUGUCCCAGGAAUGGAGGGACAUCCUGGCCUCCCCGGGGACCCCAGCCGUGAGAAAGGACACCAAGGAAACGCAGGUGCUCAGGGACUUCCUGGAAUAAAAGGAAUGCCAGGUAUCCCCGGAAUCAGAGGAAUUACUGGGUUUGAAGGAAUGCCUGGUGAUAAGGGCAUUAAAGGGAGUACAGGAGCAUAUGGUGCAUCAGGAGAAAAAGGACUGAAAGGAAUUAAAGGACAUGCUGGAGCUCGUAUAGAUUUGCCAGGAUCUCCAGGACUCAGAGGAGAAUUUGGUUUGCCUGGAGAGCCAGGUGCAAAGGGGUUAAUUGGAAACACAGGAAUCAGGGGCACCCCUGGAUUUGAUGGCAUAGAUGGAAAACGUGGGCUUAGAGGAGAUGGGGGAGAUACUGGCUAUCAAGGCUCAGAUGGACAGAAGGGAACCCCUGGCAAACAAGGACUAAAAGGUUUGCCUGGAUUACCAGGGAAAGAUGGGUUCCCUGGCUUCCCUGGUCACACAGGAAACAAAGGUUUUCCAGGCCUGAAGGGGCUGUAUGGAUUACAUGGACUGAAAGGACAAAAGGGUCUCCCUGGAACCCCAGGAUUUGAUAUUUACGGACCAGAUGGUGAAACAGGGCUGAAAGGUCCAAAAGGAGAGAGUGGUGAACCCAACAAUGAGAAAGGUCUUCCAGGAAAAGAGGGUUUACAGGGUUUCCCGGGCCUUGUUGGUGACCAGGGCCAACCAGGACCACCAGGACCUAGGGGUCUUGCAGGACCAGAUGGCACAGCUGAGAGAAAAGGCUUAUUUGGAGAUCUUGGCUCCAGGGGCCUUAGAGGAUAUGAAGGUUUCCCUGGUGUGAGAGGGCUCCCUGGUGCCAGUGCAGCCCCCGGAGAGAAAGGGAUUCCCGGACCAAAUGGAUUUCCAGGAGUCCGAGGAUUUAAAGGAUUUAAGGGAGACCAAGGUUCACCGGGGUACAGAGGCCCCAAUGGUAUUUCAGGGAAAAAAGGAGUUAAAGGAGAUCAGGGCCUGAUGGGGCUUCCUGGUAUAGUGGGUCUAAAAGGUGAACGAGGACCAGCAGGGCCAAAAGGAAACACAGGAAUCCCAGGUGGCCAGGGACCUGAGGGUGAUCAAGGGCCUGCCCCACUACCAGUCAGAGUUCCAGGUGAAAGGGGUCCUGAGGGGCCACAGGGCAUUCCGGGACCAAAAGGAGUCAAAGGAGAAACCGGUCAAUUGGGGCUCCCUGGAGAUGCAGGGUAUAUUGGAAUUGCUGGUGUGAAGGGGAUGCCUGGUAUUAGCGGCCGUCCUGGUACACCUGGUUUCCGUGGAGAGCUUGGUCAGGAAGGACACCCUGGUUUACGAGGAAUGGAAGGCACCCGUGGCAGACCUGGCGUCUCGGGUUUACCUGGCAUGCCUGGCCGUAGUGUGAGUGUGGGCUACCUGCUGGUGAAACACAGUCAGACUGACCAUACACCCAUGUGUCCUGUCGGCAUGGCCAAACUUUGGGAUGGAUAUAGUCUGCUGUACUUUGAAGGCCAGGAAAAGGCUCACAACCAGGAUCUUGGUCUGGCUGGCUCUUGUCUACCAAAGUUCAGCACUAUGCCCUUCUUGUAUUGUAAUCCCGGAGACAUAUGCUACUACGCCAGCAGAAAUGACAAGUCCUACUGGCUGUCAACAACUGCUCCUCUUCCCAUGAUGCCGGUGGAGGAUGAGGACAUCAGGCCUUACAUCAGCCGCUGCUCAGUCUGUGAGGCUCCCUCUGUGGCUAUCGCUGUCCACAGCCAAGACAUCACCAUCCCACAGUGUCCAGUUGGGUGGCGUAGCUUAUGGAUUGGAUAUUCUUUUCUCAUGCACACCGCAGCUGGAAAUGAAGGCGGAGGGCAGUCGUUGUCGUCUCCUGGCUCCUGUUUGGAGGACUUCAGGACCACACCGUUCAUUGAAUGCAAUGGCGCCAAAGGCACUUGUCACUACUUUGCUAACAAGCACAGUUUUUGGCUUACGUCCAUAGACCAGUCCUUCCACAGUGAACCAUCAGCAGAGACACUAAAAGCUGGCCAGCUCCUGUCCCGUAUCAGCCGCUGCCAGGUCUGCAUGAAGAACUUGUGAAAAUGUCCCUAUCCAAUGCCCCACUCCAGAUGUUUCCAGGAUAAGGGGAUGGAUAUAGACAAUGUGCAAAGACUGCCCUCGGCCCUAAAGCCUUGAUGUAAAUACAUUAUUGUUUCUAAAAGGCUAAACUGCAUAAUGAAAAAACAUAUGUGUUGAUUGGUGCUUUUUAACUUAUUACCUCCAAUAAUAUUCAUUGACAUUAGCCACCAAUACAGCCAAACCAAAGAUGCCCAUGUAUAUGCUUAAGUUACGCAUAUAAUUAUAUUCUUGUUAAGGCAAGAUCUGACCUUACUCCACAAUGCCAUUAACUUUCUGAUCUUUGCUUUUCACUCUCUUAACUCUGAAACAGCCUUUUUACUAUCAAAUCUUUCACAGAAGUAUGUUCACAGAAUGCACUGACUAGUUAUUUAUCUCUGCUGAGCAAACUUGAGCUUUCUGCUUUUUUUAAUAUCACCCACUGGACAUAUACAUACUUGCACUUGACAUUAAACUGAUAAAUAGUUUUCAUAGUCAUCGUUUUUUAAGUAUUUGUUUUGUGUGUGCAUUGUCUGGUUUGAGAAUGAUUAGCAAUACACAUUUUUAUCAGGUCAACCACUAUAAAGUCACAAUCAGCUCCCAUGUUAUUUUUUAUGAAUUUAAAAUGUUUUUUUGAAAAUAUUAAAAUGGUGUUUGUUA